AUGUUUUCACCCUCGCACCCUGACUUCCGAAUCCCUUCAGCCGCUGUAGAGGAGACAAGCUCAUCGUACGCGUAUCAGUUGCCCACCUUAGCAGAUGACGCUGCUCAUCGAUCCUGGCUUGUGUCUUCCCAUAUCUCGCGGCGCGACUCGAUAUCUGCCGAAGCCCGCACAUCUUCAGAACACCAUACGCGCUUGUUGAGUGAUGGCGGCCUCAGGCAACCAGUUCCCUCCUCGAAUGCUUAUGUCCGUGGAUCUCCUCCUGAGCAUUUGCCUUCUCAGCGCUUUGGCGCCCAGCACGGUCCCUCCGUGCCCAAUCAUCGACAACCACCAUCAAGAAGCUGGCUCCUGUCAUCGACCGAGGCACAGGCCAAUGCUUCACAUGCAUCACCUGAAUUGGAGAGACGUUAUAUGCGCGUUCAUAAAAAGCCAGCCAUACGGAAUUGUGGUCCCGAUCAAGCCAUGGAUGCAGCUUCUAUCAUUCAUACUGCGACACAGGACCCAUCAUCUCUGCAGCUCCGUCAUACUAGUGAGGAGACGCGUGAUUUUCGCUCUUCACAUACUGAUCAUAUGGAAAUUGACGAUAUGGGUAUUGUCGCAUUGGGUGGCAACAUCACCAGCCAGCCCUCCAGAUUUCCUAUUGAGGAAGAUCAUGAACCUCAACAUGACAUACGUCCUCCGUCGUGGCAUCCUGGAACGACGUUCCAGGCCAGCGACCGUGAUGUGAACAUUGCGCAACUGUAUGGGCGGUUGCAAGACGUUGAUGACAGAAUGACUCGCUACAAUGAGGUUCUGCUGAAUCUUCAGCGUACAAGCGAGGCAUACCUUUCCGCUCUUGCGGAAGAUAUUAGGUCGAUGCGUCUAGCAGGCUCAACUGGAGAGAAACCUGGGGAUUGUAGUAAACAGGAUGAUCAGGAACAACACAGCAAAGAUCAUGCUGCGAACUAUCUUAGAAAAUGCAUACACCUUCAUUGCUUCUUGAUGUUUGACUUCACCAGCACUAAGAAUGUUCCCCCUCCUCCAAGUCGACAUCUCAUGGAGGCCCUUGUUCACCAAUUGAACCAGGGAACUCCGUUUCUUAUGCCUUUUCGCUACGAUUGGCUGAACCGCUUCACCACGACGUACAACUGUUGUGUCGAGCAAGCCUUUUACAGAAAUUUUUGGGCAUCUGUGGACAGUUGCAAAUACAAUGUCGCGUUGAUCCCGGAACGCUAUCACUCGUUUGACGAGUUCCUCAAAGUCUUUCGAAUGCACAUGGCACACCUCAGGAAAUGCUGGAUUCAGCAGAAACGCCCUUGUCAGGAUGGCCAAGAUCGCGUCCGAGCGAAGCAUUAUUCGAAGAACAGCCGUAAGCUAACUACAUUCAAGAACCGUCGCAAUGCAACAUCUUACAUUCCUGCCCCGGAGGGUGCUCGGGUAUACGAUCUUAUUAACAUGAUAGGUACAGCAGGCAUCAGUUCUGACGAAGAAUUUCCAACGCCACCGGGUCACGGCCGUCAUCAUGAAGAGAUUCCUCCUAGAUGCCAAAUCAAUGAUGGAAUUGGACGAUUUGUGGAACAGGGUGCAGGAGUUGGGGCCCAGUUAUGA